AAAAUAUGAUGACGGUAAACUGCUAACUGCUUGACAGCUGCAGAGAUGCGCGACACAGAAAAAAACAAAACAAAAAAAAAAACAACAAAAAAAGGAGAAACGAGCGGCACGCAAAGUAACCACCGUUGCUAAAAUCCUCUGAGAUGCUCCGACGAACAGCGAAAGACCGACUGAGAACAUAAAAGAGAAAUACAUUUAAUUACAAACGAAGAGGAGCGAGUUCGGGUCGCGCGUUGAUCCGAAUAUCCGGGACGGGAGGGGUCGAAGAUGGGGAACGAAGCGAGCCUGGAAGGAGGCGAAGGGCCGCCGGAGGGGCUGGGACCGGACGUGCAGGGCGGCUUCGUCCUUGUCCCCGGCGGGACUCCGGUGGACCCGAACCAACUCAGCGAGGAGGAGCGGAGGAGGCUCACCGCGGAGGAGACAAGGGCGCCGGGAGGAGGCGCCGCGGCUGCACGAAGACCUUCAGAAGCCACUGCCCAGCAACGUUCACAGCAGAUAGUAGCCGGGGCCUCCAGAGGCCCAACUGGCUUAAGUAAAAGCUGUACUGUUGACGCCUUCAACCAGGGUCCAGCUGGAAAGCCCACACCGGGCCGCAGCCUGUCAUCCCUCAGCCUAUUUGAAUCCAGAUUUCGGCAGGAGCCAAAAGACCCUGAGACCAAGUCAACCGGCAUGUUUGGCUCCAGCUUCCUCAGUACCAACCCCCUCAGUACCAUGACCUCUUCCAUAUCAUCCAUGGGUGAUGCUGUCAACAUCCCUAAGUUUGGACUUUUUGGGGACAAUGAGGAGGGAGGUGCACCUGAAAGCAAGCAGGGAGGGAAAGUACCAGCCAAGGGUCCUCAUCAAGGACCAGGGCAAAAGGGACCACAACAGGGAGGACCACAGAAACAUGGAUCAAAGCCAGGGCAAGCACCUUCUGGGCAGGGACCCAGACAAGGUCAGGGUCCACCAGUCCAGGGGUCCAAAUCAGGCCAGGGUCCUCCUGGCCAAGAACCUCCUGUGCAGGCCCCCAGGCAAGCUCAGGGACCACCAGGCCAUACACCCUCAAGGCAACAGGCACCCAAACCAGGACAAGGACAACCAGGCCAAAGUACCAAACAGGGAGGUGAUCCACUACAAAAAGGUGGCCCACCACAAGGACCUGGGAAGCCUGGAACCCAACAGCAAGGACCACCUGGACCACAUCCAGGACAGCCACCUAAGAGUGUAGAUCGCCCUGGUCAGCAGGACUCUGGAAAGCCUGGAGGUGGACUAUGUCCACUUUGUAAGACAACCAAAUUGAACACUGGCUCUAAGGAACCCCCAAACUACAGCAACUGCACAGAGUGUAUGAAGCAGGUCUGCAGCCUCUGCGGGUUUAGUCCCCCAGACUCAACGAGUAAAGAGUGGCUGUGUCUGAACUGCCAGAUGCAGCGAGCGAUGGGAGGUAUGGAUCCUCCCGCCAUGACACAGCCCAAACAAGGCUCGGCGCCACCCUCGCCCCAGAGACAGGCACCGAGCAAGCCAGGCAAGCUGCAGAUUAAGGAGCAGAGUGCGGCUGACACUGGUUUAACUCCUCCAACCACUCCGAAGACGAAAUCCCCAGGUGCGACGUCUCCAGGACCUCUGUCCCCGGGCUCUGCAGCGGCAGGAUCUCCAAAAAUCGACUCCAAAACUGGUCGCUCCAUUCAGAAUAAAUCCAGUCCUCAGCCGUCUCCAGCUAAAGCCAAACAGGAGUCUAAUUUCUUUGGGGGGUUGGGGGGUAUCACUCUGGGACGCCUUACAGAUGCAGCUAAACCAUCACAAGCUGCUGAGUCUGUUACAGGGAAACUGUUUGGGGGGUUUGGUGGGUUGAUGGAAACGUCCAAGUCUCAAGGGCAGGCGGCGCCAAAGCAGGAGGAGUCGGUGGCUGGGAAGCUGUUUGGAGGUUUUGGAGGACUGGCAGAAGGAGUGAAACCUCCCACGGCUACUUCACAAAUGUUGAACUUUGGAUCAUCCCUCUUGAGUACGGCCACCAAUCUUGUCACUGGAGAGGAAGUGAAAACAGCAGAUAUUUCAUCUGGACAAGCCCCAGAUGACUCUGCCCACACUGGACCAGGUUCCCCUCCUGAUUCCCCCUUCUCUCCUCCCGGGUCUCCCCCUGAUUCGGAAUCUGCUCCCGAUACCCCCAUAUCCAAGGUGUCUGUGUACUUGGAACAAGAAAAGAAAGUAGUAGAACAAACUCCAGAUACCUCCACUUCAGCUUUGACCGCCAAAGAACGCUGCCCCCUGUGUAAUGUGGAACUGAACGUUGGAUCAACAGACCCACCGGACUACAGCCUGUGCACCGAGUGUAAGAAGACGGUGUGUAACCAGUGUGGUUUCAACCCGACACCACAUUUAGGAGAGAAAGAAUGGCUUUGCCUCAACUGCCAGACCCAAAGAGCUAUGUCAGGCCAGCUGGGAGAUGUGCCACCUCCAACCAUGGAUUCCCCCAAAAAGCAACCUCGUGCUCCCUCCUCCACCCCUACACCUGCUGUUGUAGAUAGCAAACCUGUAGUAGAGACAGAAGACCAACCCCCACCACCUCCCGAGACCAAGGUAAAAAUGACGGAGACCUUGAAAGAACCUGGGGAGAAGCCAGCGGAUGCCAAGGAGGCCAGUCCCACCAGCCCUUCAGACUUGGCAAAGCUGGAAAACACAGUCCUUCCUAUUCUUGAGGCUCAGGCAACCACGCAACCAAAGGAUGAUGAGGAGAAACCCACUGAUACGCUAAAAACCAGGCGUAAAUUAGAGGUGCUCCCUCUCUCACCUGAUUCACCAAGUUCAGAAGAGGACAGACAUACUUGCGAGGACAAUGCCACAGGAACCAAAAUGAAAAAGCUCCUUGUGCCCACUGACAUUAAGGGAGACUCGUUGGAUGACAGCAGUGAAAGCUUUGAAAAAGAAAGUCCUGUGUCAGGCGAUGAAGAUUUUAUUCAAAAACAGAUCAUAGAAAUGAGUGAGAAUGAAAAUGCUUCUCCAUCUGAUGAAGAAAAGCUAACUCGGCCAAAACUCACACAGGAGGAGAAGAAGCAGAAGAGGACAGAAGCUGUAGAGAGGAGCACAGCAGGAAAAACCAGACGACUUAUGAAGAAAAGCACCAUCAGCCCAGAUGAUGAAGAUAAGAACCUGGUCCAGCCCUUGGAAGAAGGUGAUAUAGAGAAGAAAAAGGAACAAGAAGAGGCACCUCAGAGUGGCAUUGCUGUUCGAAAGUUCCAAACUAUUGAGCUGAACACAACAAGCAGCCCGAUGUGUGUGCCUAAUGAUGAUGGAGAGCCUGAGAGCCUGACAGACUCACCAGAUGAUCGGUCUAAAGGUGAGGGUUCAUCUAGUUUACAUGCCUCCAGUUUCACUCCUGGGACAUCGCCAACAUCUCUUUCCUCAAUGGAUGAAGACAGUGACAGCAGUCCCAGCCACAUCCGCUCUGGUGAGGGCAAACAGCACCGGAAAGCAAAACACAGGCAACCUGGCCAAAUGCUGCCAACUAUUGAAGACUCUUCUGAGGAAGAAGAGUUACGAGAAGAAGAGGAGCUGCUCAGGGAGCAAGAGAAACAGAAAGGCUCUGGGAAAAAAUCCAAGAAAGACAAAGAAGAUGUGAGAUCCCAGAGGAGACGGGAGCAUGCAAAAACACCACCGAGCAACCUCUCUCCAAUUGAAGAUGCCUCGCCGACUGAAGAAUUGAGACAAGAAGCUGAGAUGGAGGAGAUCAGAAGAUCAUCCUGCUCUGAUUUCUCCCCCAGCAUUGAAUCAGAUCCUGAGGGAUUUGAGAGCCAUGCCACAAGGAUUGCAGCGGUGCAGAAAACAUACCAACUGCCUACGUCGGUAUCGCUUCACUCACCAACUGAUGACAAGACCAACAAAACACAGAACAAACCUCUCAAAUCUGCUGAUGAGGCCUACGAGGAGAUAAUGUUGAGAGCUAAAUCUCCAACACUUGACAAAACGGAGAUUCGGUCAGUGAAAGAGUCCCUUUAUGGAGGUAUGCUCAUUGAGGACUACGCUUAUGAGACUCUUAUCGAUAACUCAACAGUCGAUCUGGAGGAGCCUGAGAAAAUCCUUGUUCCUGCUCAACCUAAAAAGUUGAGAUCACCAGAUGAAGUAUAUGAAGACAUGAUAAAGAAGAGGAAGGAAUUCAUGCAGCUGGAGCAGGAAUAUCAAAAUAUGCAGCCAAAAAAAGAAAGCCCUAUUCCAGAAAUUAUUCUGCAGCCUGCUAAGAACGCCUUCCCGAAAGGUGGUGCAGAAACAUUAGGCAAAGAUGGAAAACCAUUGCUGGAUGCCGAAUCAGCAUAUGAAGAGCUAAUGAAACGAGUGCUCACUCCUGGAACAAGUCCAACGCAGCAGGAGCCAGAAUUGGAAACGACUGCAACUCGAAGGACACUGCAUUCAAUUCCAGACUUAAAGGUGACGCAGUGCUCUUCGGGAGAGUUGUCUUCUGAUGAUGAGAUGAGUGCGAUUAAAAAGGAAGAUUACAAAACACCUGAAGAAGACACAAAAGUAGAAAUAUCAUCUGUUGAAACUGAGCCUGCGACACUAUAUUCUGAUGCUCAGCCACCAUCUAAAUUAGACCAGCCACUUCAUAGUGCCAUGGCACCAUCACAGUCUGAUGUUGUAGAUUUAUCCAGUCCACUUCCAAGAACGUCAGCCACUGUGAUGUCAAGUGUGUCACCCUUGCCCACAGUUCCGCAAUACACACCCAGUAUACCCAGCAUAGUGUCGACAGCCCCACCUGUGGCUCCAAAGCCAAGCAUCCUGCGUAGGACUAAUUCUCAGGAAAAAGCAGAAAUACCUGUUGCACCUCCUCUGCCUCCCCCAACCCCACCAAAACCAACGAUUUUUCCCAGAAAAGCCCCAGUUCCUCUUCCACCUCAGGCAACUCCAGCAAGGCCAGAAAUGACAAUUACGACUACAACCCAAGGUGGAUCUACCAAACAAACAGUUACACCAACAUACAAACCUCAUGUUCCUCCUCCUAUCCCUCCAAAACCAUCUAUUCCUGCAAUGAUGGGAGAUACCCCCAGAACAGGAUAUGGUGCCAAACCACCAAUUGCACCAAAACCCACUUCUCAACCAUCUUCUCCUGCCCAUACCCCUCAUCAUUCAAGACCUACUAUACUUGCCACAUGUCCCACUGACAUAGCUCUAAAUCUGAGUCCAUCUUGUGAGACCAAGCAAUUUCAACCCUCUCCAAAGUCUCCUCUCUCCCCAAGAUAUGCCAGUAAUCUUCGUGACACCUAUGUAGUCAUCACCCUACCAUCUCAGCCCAGUUCCCCAAUUGAGAUGAUCUCAUCCCAGGCUCCUUCUAGCCCUGGGUCAGCAUCACCUUCAUGGCACCAUCAGCUGCAAAGUUACCACCAGCCACAAUCUCAAUCUCAGGUCUCUUCACAGCAGCAUCCACAACCAUCCUCUCCACAGACAACCAGGGUGCCUCUCGCAUACACUCGAUUUAGAGAAUCCAUUGAAAGCCAAGAGAUAUGUGGCCCUGAAAAACAUGUGUCUAGUUCUUGUCAUAUAAUCGAGGCUGUAUCUGCUUCAGCACAACCACCCGUGGUUACACCUAACCUCAUUUCUCAACUGGUCACUACAGAAGUCCAAAGAACCACUGUCUCUGUUGUCCACGAAAGGACACCACCCCCAGUUCCAGCUCCGAGAGCAAAUGGUGUCCCAAUCUCAAUGGCGAAAUCUAAGCACCAACUGCCAAUACAGAAUGGACAGACCUUCCAAUUGUGCGAGGUGGUAGACCUUAGGACAGUGAAGGAAAACCCAGAAUCAGAGAAGAAUGGUAUGGAUCUGUCUUCUGGUCCAGACUCAAGAUGUCAGACCUUUACAGGAGAUAUCAGUCGCCACAACAGUGCAGUGCAGUCACCUGUAGUCAACCUGAGUGCAGAAUCUUCCACUGUUUCCAUAGUGACUGACAGCAUUACCAUUGUGACCUGUGCUGCUACUAUCCAGCGAUAUGACAGUGUAAACACCUUACAAGCGUCUUCAGCACCACUUCAGCUAACAAAAAACAAAUCAUUUGAGCCCAUUUCCCAAAUUAUAUAUAGACCUCUUGACUCUCAGCCCUCUACUAACGCUAGCACGGAAAUCCCCAUUAAUCUUACAGUUGGAUCAAGUACAGGUGUAGGACCUUUCCAGCCCAGUCCUGCUAUUAUUGGACCUACCGCUGUUGCAGGUUGUGUUGCUAAUGGACUAACUACAGGCACUGAUAUAGUGGCUGGAGCUGUUGACCUUACCACAACAAAACCAUUCAACACAGUGGCCUCAUUGGAUGCUGGUUCUGUAGAUGUUAUUACAGCGGUAAUCACAGAUGAUGAUGGCAAGCCAGUGGAUCUGACCGCAGGAAAACGAGCCGUGUGUUGUGAUGUUAUAUACAAGUUACCAUUUGCAGGAAGCUGCACGACUCAACAGCCCGCCACACCUCUACCCGAAGACCGUUUUGGAUAUCGCGAUGACCAUUAUCAGUUUGACCGCUCACCUUAUGGUAUGAGGGGCUUUGGAGGAAUUAAACCAUCCAUGUCGGACACUAAUCUUGCAGAGGCUGGCCUGUUCUUUUACAAGAGCAAGAACAGCUACAUGUUUAAUGGCACCACUGAUGGUGCAGUUGAUCUAACCUCUGCAAAGAUUUCUGAUGCAGGUGAAGCUGUUGACUUCUCCAAGAAAACGACAUAUGCUGGGAUGACAAUUCCACCAUAUAACCAAGCCAGAACCACAAGUACUGGUGAUGCACUCUUUGGUACAAGCAGUGUCUUAAGGUCCUCAAAUGGGGUAGUAUAUUCCUCGGUUGCAGCACCAAUCCCUUCAACAUAUGCUAUUACCACCCAGCCUGGGUCCAUCUUCAGCACCGCAUACAAUACACCCUCAGGUAUGCAUACCAGUGACACUAUGCCAUCCCUGUCCAACCUCCAGAACUUGCCACUUACUCGGUCCCAUAGUUUCCUCUCUACUAUCUCCACUCCUGCCACAGAAGAACAAGGCGAUGCACCACUCAAUCUGGAGAUGAGUAGAGGAGGUACAGCGAUUACUGAUGCUGCUACCACUGCAACCACUUCUCUGUCCCUUGACAGCUACACUGAUGCAUCCUUGGAGGCGAUUGCUGCCUCACUGGAGGCUCUGUCCUCACCCAUGGUUCCUGUCAAUGGCCAAUAUCAAGCUGAACGUGAGAGGCUGGAGAUGGAGAAGCUCAAACAACAACGCCUGGCUGAGGAAUUAGAGUGGGAGCGCCAGGAGAUUCAACGUUUCCGUGAGCAAGAGCAGCUCCUUGUACAAAAGGAACUGGAAGAGCUGCAGGCAAUGAAGCAGCAGAUCUUGACCCAACAAGAAGAGGAAAGACAGGCUCACCUCAUGAUGCAAAAAGAAACCUAUGCUCAGCAACAGCAGCAGCUUGAGCAGAUCCAGAGACUCCAAGAGCAGCUUCGCUUGCAAUUGGAGGAGCAAAAACUUCGACAGAUGUACCCAGGCGGAGAUGUGCCAGGCCACGGCCUGCAAGAGGCAGUUGUCAUAGGUCCUGAUGGGACAGUACUUUCCCGAAAGAUCACAGAUAGUGGUUGCCAAACAGAUGAAGAGGAUGAAGCAGUCAGCAAUGCUUAUACAGCAGGGAGAAAAAGGAGAAGCACGAAAAAGAGUGUUGACAGUUGUGUGCAGACUGAUGACGAGGAUCAAGAUGAGUGGGAAUCUCAGAACAGAAGCCGCCAAAGCCGACCACGCACCUCCAGGGGAGACAGGAGUGGACAGUCAGAGAUCUCUUUUCAAGCCCACACUGAGAUCUCGAUACAAACGGACACAGAGGGGAAUAUAAGGAUGGACACUAGAAUGGAACUUUCUGAUUCUGAAAGGACCUCGCCAAAGAAACGACCCACUCCCUUAGAAAUAGGGCAGCCUUCUAACCUCAAAACUGAGUCCUCCACGCUUCAAGCCCAUCCUAAAUCUCCCAAAGUGCUCUAUUCCCCCAUAUCCCCUUGCAUAUCUCCCAGCAAAUCCCUCGAGUUUGUAUCUUAUGAGAAAUCAUUGGGUGAUACCAGCCCUCAAACGUUAAAAGGAAGCACCGAACAAUCCAAAGGGUCUCCUGGAAGUCCUCGAGGCCCAAAACCCAUACAAAGAUCCAUGUCUGACCCUAAGCCCAUGAGUCCAACAGGUGAAGAAACGGAAACAUCCAGCACUCAGUGUGGUGAUGGUUACACAGGGAAAGGCUCCGGUGGUACUCCUACUGGCAGUCAGAAGAAGGUGAAGAGGACUCUUCCAAAUCCACCUUCAGAGGAAGAGACAACUGCCAGUUGCCAGACUGCAUAUAGCACCGGUUCUGCCCGCCGGAGAAUGUGCCGGAAUUCUAACAUGGCACGUGCCAAGAUCCUGCAAGACAUCGAUCGAGAGCUAGAUCUAGUGGAACGAGAGUCCUCCAAGCUUCGUAAAAGGCAGGCAGAGCUAGAUGAAGAGGAGAAAGAGAUUGAUGCCAAACUUAGGUACUUGGAGAUGGGCAUUAAUCGUAGGAAAGAUGCCCUGCUGAAGGAGAGGGAGAAAAGAGAAAGGGCUUAUUUACAAAGUGUGGCUGAAGACCGAGACUACAUGUCAGACAGUGAAGUUAGUAACAUCCGAGAGACAAGAGGCAGUUGUGGAGGAGGUGAAGACGAAGAGCUUGAAAGUCAUGGUCUUGAACGUCCCAGAACUGCUCCUCAGUCAGAACUGGAUGAAUUUGUACCCCCUCAAACCAAGCAGGAAUAUGGAAAGUACUCUCAGUACCAGUACCCUCAAACCCAAUACCAGCAGUCACUCUACCAGACUCCCCAGUCCUACCAGUCUCAUUCCAUAUAUUCUUCUGUUCCUGCACUCACUAGCGCUCAGCAACAAAGCUAUCACCAGAUGCUCCUGUUGCAGCAGAAAGCAGCUCGACAAGCAGCUCUCCUUUCCGAACUGGAUGCAACGAAAUAUGAUGUCAUUAGCCGCCAACCUGAUCCCACGUCAGCAGCAUACUUGGGAGUCAAAUAUGACAAAUAUGGCAAUCACCUUGACCUCAGGGCCUUGGAAGUGGGAAGUAUAGCAGGUAGCCCUAUGUCAGCAGUUUCUGAUUCUUAUUACACAGAUAUAGAUCACCACACACCUCGGAGUUACAUGCUGCUAGAAGAUGCUGCAGAAUUAGCCAAAGGUUCCACUGGGCUUUCUUCGUCUUAUAGUUUGGCUGAGAGGGAGUUGGCCAAAGCAGAGAAGCUGCUGCGCCGGAGUGCUGCAGAUCUGGGGUCGUCUGAUUAUCUGGGAUCCACCUCCAGACUACAUACUUUUGGAAAGACUCCCGAUGAAGAGGACUCAAUGGAAGAGCCAUAUGAACUAAAACUAUUGAAGCAGCAGCUCAAGCAAGAGUUUAGGAGAAGUGCGGCUGGGACAGACAACCUAGAACAACUUGCAGGACUCUCUCAGCACUACUAUAGCCCUAACUCUGGCAUGUCUAGCUACUCCCAAAGACAAUAUCCAAAAUCAGAAAAGUACAGCAUUAGUCGGCUUACUCUGGAGAAGCAGGCAGCGAAACAACUCCCAGCGCCCAUGUUGUACCAAAAACACAAGACUCCGCUAUUGGAUCCUAAGCUCUCUUCCAAGUAUUCAUCUGUUGCAGAUAGCAGGGGUUUGGAGGCAGAGUAUACAAGCUAUCUGGGGUCUACCAGCGGGUCCCCAAGAUCUAGCAGACUCAUGCAGGAUGAAAUUACAUUUGGCCUUCGUAAGAAUAUUGCAGAGCAACAAAAAUACCUAGGAUCUACAUUGGGUGCCAAUUUGGCCGGGUCACUAAAUUUGGGCCAGACCCUGGGUUUGGACUCUGCCUAUCCUAGUGGUAGUCGCUCAAGACCAUCAUCCAGGCCUACAUCAUGCUAUGGUCUGGACCUGUCUAUCAAAAGAGACCCUUCCAGUUCUUCAUUAAGACUUAAGGGAGACGGUGAAGCAUCUGGAGAAGGGUCAAGUUAUCAAACUCCUUCUGGCCGCACCAAACCUACCAGUCUGCCUAUUGUGCAAAGCGGGCGUGGCCGGAUCCCAAUUGUUGCCCAGAAUUCAGAAGAAGAGAGUCCACUGAGUCCUGUCGGACAACCUAUGGGCAUGGCCAGGGCAUCAGCCGGACCUCUGCCACCGAUCUCAGCUGAUUCUAGGGACCAGUUUGGCUCGUGCUUGUCCUUGCAAGACUCCCAGCAACAGCAACACAUCAGGGAAGAGCCAACCAGGGGUAGGGGUUAUACACUACUGGAUGAUCUUCAGGGUACCAUGUCGGACAGCGAAGCUCUAAGUGAUUCCCUGAUGGCUUUGAACAGAGACGAUGCAACCACUGCCUACCACCUUAGACGAGAAGAGACCGACUGGUUUGACAAACCUAGAGAUGGACGGUCGGAGAACGGACAGGGGAAGCGACAGGGAAAAGGUCCAUACUACCCCUUCCCUCACCUCAGGAUCAAACUGCAGAGGGAUGCCAAAGAUCACAGUGUCUCAGGAAAUGGUCUGGGUAUCCGUGUGGUUGGAGGCAAAGAGGUUCCUGGCAGUAAUGGAGACAUUGGAGCUUACGUCGCCAAUGUUCUCCCUGGUGGAGCUGCAGAACAAACAGGAAAGGUUCUUGAAGGAAUGCAAGUCGUGGAGUGGAAUGGUGUUGUUCUGACGGGUAAAACCUAUGAAGAGGUACAAGGGCUCGUCGGACAGCCGUGUAACGAGGCAGACGUGUGUCUCAGACUUGAUCUUAACAUGCUGGUAGAGUCUGACAGUUCUCAGCACCUCGGUUUUCAAGAGCAUAGUAAAGACAGACCUCCAAGGUCUCCAGGUGUUGACCCCAAACAGCUGGCGGCUGAGCUGCAGAAGGUGUCACAACAGCAGGCUCCGCCCACCUCCGCUAUCUCUUCUUCCAGCCUACCCGUUACAUCGUCUGCGACCUCAAGUCCCGCUCAGCCGGGAUCCCCUUCAGUCAGCAAGAAACGCCACAGCAGCAAGACUGGAGAGGCAUCCAAGACCCAGUCCCACCCAGUUUCUGGAGAGAUACAGCUUCAAAUCCACUACGACAAGCAGCUGGGCAACUUGAUCGUCCACGUACUGCAGGCUAGAAACCUUUCUCCGCUGGACAACAACGGCUACUCCGACCCAUUUGUUAAAGUGUAUCUCUUACCGGGUAGAGGUCAGGUCAUGGUUGUCCAGAACGCCAGCGCUGAAAACAAGAGGAGGUCAAAACACGCAGGCAAGAGUCUGAACCCAGAGUGGAACCAGACUGUCAUCUAUAAGAACAUCCACCUGGAGCAGCUGAGGAAGAAGACUUUAGAGGUCAGCGUGUGGGACUAUGACAAGUGCUCGUCUAAUGACUUCUUAGGAGAGGUCCUUAUUGACCUGUCCAAUACCACGCAGCUGGACAAUAUCCCACGAUGGCUUCCCCUAAAGGAGCAGAGCGAGGACCACCACCGCCGCUCGCACUCAGGACAGGGCCGACACAGCUCCUCCAAGCCCUCCUCACAACACUCCUCCCCUAAAACCUCCGGCACCUCCCAUGACAAUCAAGAAUCCCCCAAAUCAUCCGUCAGCAAGAGCCGAAGCCACGGGAUCUUUCCCGAUCCGGCCAAGGCUCGGUCGAGCUACAGAUCCAGCGACGCCCCGGUGACAGCAGCCUCGUUGGACAGCGGGUUGAGUGGCAGCGCGUACAGCUUAUUGGAUGAAGAAGGGGAGACAAACGAGGUGGACAGUGCCAUCUUCCAGGUGCCCCGAUUUGGAAAGAUCCCAAACGGCACAGAUGUGACAAAAUCAUCAAUGGGACUCAAUGACACUGAGGGUAAAUCCCAGGUGAUGGGGGAAAUAAAGAUAGCGCUGAAGAAGGACAUGAAGACAGAGGGUGAGCACCUGGUCCUUGAGAUUCUUCAGUGUCGCAACAUCACUUACAAGUUCAAGACUCCAGACCACCUGCCUGACCUAUAUGUGAAGCUCUACGUGGUAAACAUCGCCACCCAGAAAAGGAUCAUCAAGAAGAAGACCAGAGUGUGUCGUCAUGACCGCGAACCAUCUUUUAAUGAAACCUUCCGCUUCUGUAUGAACCCCACUGGACACGCCCUGCAGCUGUUCCUAGUGUCCAAUGGGGGCAAGUUCAUGAAGAAGACGCUGAUCGGAGAGGCCUACGUGUGGCUGGAUAAAGUGGACCUCCGAAAGCGAGUGGUUAGCUGGCACAAGCUGCUUGCUAGCACAGCCCAGAUCCACUCGUAAAAGGAGACAGCGCAUGACGCGGCACAUCGCGGCUUAGGUUCAACAGGAUACACUCUUCAAGUGAGGGGCAAAGACCGAGUUGGAAGCAGAGGGAGAAAUAAACUCUUUAAGUUGUGGCAGAAAACAUAAAUGAUGUUUUUUUUUUUUGAAGACGGCAGUUACACGUUUACAAGAAAUAACGACAUGUUUACAUGACAUAUGACAAGAAAAACGACGGUCCUGAAAUCAGACAGGAACCAUGAUAUCAACCAGGUAUUCUACAUUUUAAAACACACACACAUGACAAAAUUUAAUUUUAAUAGAUCCAGACAAUAGAUGCACUUGUAGAAACUGAUUAAUUCAUUUAUUUAGAUGUUUUAUCCACACUGGACUCUUCUCAUUGCUUUGUUUUGGUCCGCAGAGGUUUAUUGAUUUGAUUUUGUUAAUAAGAUAUGGCAGACUUUUAAUUAUUUUUGUACAUUAGCAUAUAGAGUUCUAUCAUUUGUCUUCUCAAUUAUUUAAGUGCUAAAAAUGAAAUCUAUCUAAACUAAUUAUAUUUUCUACCAUGCUACUUCACAUUAAUGUUUAAAAUAUUUGACAAAAAUCCUUCAUUAAGCACGUUUUGGUGGGGGGGUUAUCAACACAAACGCCUCAUCGUUUGCGCAUGUUUUAUCUCCGAAGUGCAAACCCAGUUCGAUCAAAUAAUGGAUUAUUGUUUGAUAAGAGCUCACUAGAUCAAAUUGGACACUAUAUAUUGUGCACAUGAGUCUGUCUGGUAUGUUAUGUCACAUGUUUUUCACAAUCAACUGUCACCUCUAAAGUCCACUUUGUACAUAGAGAAGUGUCAUAAGUGGAAAUGAAUUGAAACAUAUAUGGAAAUAUAAAGUUUUAUUUGUCAGUGGUGCCCCUUACAAUGGUGGAGAUGAAGGUUUUCUAGGACUUACCACAUUUCUAGAAGUGGGACAUAUAGUUUAUAGCAGCAGAUAUCAACAGAAAGAUGCUAACCACAGUUAUCUUAUGUGGCCCCCGCUAACUGCAGUUAGUGUGUGGUUAGCUCGUGGUUAGCACUUGAUGCUCACCGCAGUUAAUGAUGAGCAGUUGAAACUAACUAUAUUUUAACAUUAUCAACUAUGAUUAGCAUGACAACAUAUGCUAAUGCUAAACACAGUAGUCAAACGCGCCGUGCUGAGUCACAGCAUCUAGUUUAAAUAGCGAUAUAUGCUCCACAUCCAGAAAAUUGGUAAUUCUUGGAAAAUCAAUCUGAGAAUGUGAGAUUUAAGAGAAGAGUUAUCACCAGUGCACACGUUUGUGGUAAUUUGCACUUUCCUGCUCUGAAUGUGAAAUUGAUGUUGUAAUCCUGCUAAAAAAAAUGAGCUAGCCUGGUUGGUGUAUAUC